AAUAGAGGCCAGCAUUUAGUCUCUCUGCAUCGAAGCUGUACAUAUCAUUCGUUGCUGAAGUCCACCCCAACUUGUGGACUGCAGGAGGAUAUUUCCCUGUUUCUCGUAAGAACUUGCGGACUACAAUUAGACCUGAAAAUUUCCACCUUGGACAAACUGUGCGUCGUGACCACAGGUUACUUUUACGCACAUAUAUUUCAGCGCAAAAAGGACCAUGCCUCGAUCUUUCUUGGUCAAAAAGUACUUCGCUAAACAAAAACCAAACUACAGUGAACUGGAAUGUCAGAAUGACACUUUGGAGAGGUAUCCACUUGCUGAGCUCUCAUCAGCAGACAGCACCUCCAUUGCCACCUGCCUUACCACAGGUCUGGUGUGGGACCUGGGUGUCCUUCCUGCCCUCUACCUGCCCAUCUCCCAGUCAGAGCCCUCUGCCACUUCAGUUCCCCUGGACCUCAGCUCCCCGUCCAGCCUCAGCAGCAGUGCCAGCAGCAGCGGCGAAGAAGAUGAAGGCCGCACCUCGGACCCCCCCAGCCCCGAACCUGUGCACACAUACACCCCUCGCCAGCGGAUGAAAUGCACCGGCGUUAUGGCUCACAUCAGUCCCCCAGAGGAGGAGGAAGAAAGGGAGACCCCUGCCACAGCAGCCAGGCCAGCGUUCCUCUGCAAGCACUGUCCCAAAGAGUACACCAGCUUAGGGGCUCUGAAGAUGCACAUCCGCUCACACACUCUGCCCUGUGUGUGCACCACCUGUGGAAAAGCUUUCUCCAGGCCAUGGCUGCUGCGCGGCCACAUCCGCACACACACAGGUGAGCGCCCGUUUUCAUGCCCCCACUGCAACCGGGCCUUUGCUGACCGCUCCAACUUGAGGGCUCAUCUGCAGACCCAUGCCGAGGUGAAGAAGUACCAAUGUGGCGUCUGCUCUCGCACCUUCAGUCGUAUGUCGCUUCUGCAAAAGCACAGCUCCUCGGGUUGCUGCUCUACCGCAGUCUGAGAUGUCGUGAACAAGACAGAGGGGACUAAGAGCUCAGAGCAGUGGAGGACUUAUAGCUUUGGAGAGUCUCCACAAGCCCUGCAAGCCUGUUUAGGACCUGCAAGGCCCCAGAAAGUAUGAAAUGGUCUGAUUUAAGAGACCUGGAGGGAAUCAAUCCUCAUUAUGGAUCUGACUUUACAAGCCUCUUAGCUUCUCUUUUCCAUUAUAAAAGGGCUGAGAAGCAGAUUUUUUUUUCUUCUUCCAAUCUUGACCGAGGUCUUGAGGCUGGACCAAAUCCGAACUGAACAGAACAAUGCAGAAACUCACUCCAUAUCAAUCCCUUUGUUGCUAUUGUGCCCAUUCCAAACAACAAAUGUGUUGUGGAGUCAUUGGGGUAAGAGGUGUCCUUUCCUGUCUGUCCUGGUGCCGGUCAGCUCAGGAUCACGGCCGAGACACAGCUGCUCAGAGGUAGGGGUGCGUGGGUGGGAUAAAUCUCUUGGCGUGUCACAGAACACACACACUCGCACACACAAGAGCAAAUGCACACACAGCUGUCCCUGGUACUGUGGUGUAGAUAGACGAGGUGCUAACAGGUGCCACAGCCGUGACCUUCGCUGCUUGAUAGCAGGUGACUUCCACUGCCCUUGGUUUGCUUAAGAAAAAAGAGGAAGCGUGUCAUCAGAGAAGAAUGGCACCAGUUAGAGUCUUUUUUUCACCAGUGGGGAUCAUUUUAAGCCUCUGUUUUGACUACACCCAAGCCUUCUCUUUAAUCUGAUGAGUUUCAGAGAUAGGAAAAGCUGUUCUGCUAUUUUCCAAAGACGAUGAAAUGCGGACAAAUAUGAAAGCCAUGCACUCAAGGUUACCACAGUGUUAAUAUUACUGCCAAAAGCCAUAUAACUUAAAUGAAUGUGCCUUGAAAUUGUAUUACUUCCACAACCAAAAUGUGCCUUUUUUGUUUGUUUUGUUUUUUACCUCAUUUAGUAGCUGUGGCUUUAAAAUUUGAUUCCAGUAUUAGCAGAAUCGAGCUCUAUGCAGAAGGCUGGGACCAAAGAUUUUUACAGUUUACACCAUGUAAACAUGGUUGCCUAACAUGUGAUGGAAGCCUUUUGAAUGGACAGUACAAAAAAUGAAUUUAAAAUUUUUCCUAAACCUUUUAUGGCUGUUUUUUUUUUUAGUGCAAUGUGCAGAUGAUGUGUUAUUUCCUUAUUUUGUACCAUGCUUGUGUGUUCACUUCUAUUUCCUGUAUGUGUCGUAACUGAUACCUUUUCAUCCAAUAAAGUAAUUUAUGUUUAUUAAA